UUUCUUGAGGAAGACGAGAUGAAAAUAACUUUUAAUUGAGAAGGAUUCUUAAUUAGUAACCAUAUAGCCUAAUCGAUUAUCUUCAAUUUUAUUAGAAAUAAUAUUUUUAAUACUUCAAACUACAUUGUGGUGUACCAGUUUGAUACCUAGUUAAAAAGGAUAUUCAAAAUGAGUUGGAAUCCUUUGCGAAAAAUAACCUCAUCAUUCGGUCAAUCAUCUACCCCCGCUACGCCUUCAGCUCCCAAUCCAGACUCGAUUUUAGUCAAUAUUAGUGGUAUAGAAAGCUUUGGUGGCAGCAACACUACAGAUGGAGUACUGAUGCCUGAUGAAGUUAACAAAUUAACACUCAGAGUAGAUUCUGUUGAUUCGGCAACAAAGAAAAUUCACAAGAGUGGGAAAAAAUUAAUGGACAGUAUAAUCAAAUUCAGUCGUCAUGAAUGCAAGUUAAGUGAAGAUCUGGCCAACAGUUUACUGUGUCAGCAAUAUUACCCAGAAUUCCGUGAGUUGGUUCAAGAUUGGCACACAUUUAACAGUGAAACUAGCGAAUUCGGUGAUAAUUUAGGAGUGGCAAUACAGAAAAUGAUUGUUGAUCCAACAAAAAAGUUACAAUCGAUAUUGACUGAUGUUAAAAAUGAAUUGAACAAACACAAAACUCUUUCAGAGUCAUUAACCAAAUUAAAUAGCAAAGUCUCCCAGCUAAAUCGUAAAGAAAAAACAGGGAACGUUUUUGUGGCCUUGGAAAAAACGAAAGCUCAACUUGCUGAAACGGAAGAAAAAUUUGAAAAGCAAUCAAAGCUUAUCACUGGUCAAAUCCCUGCUAUAAUUGAUUAUCGUAUAAAGUAUUUUCAACCCUGCCUUGAAGGAUUGAUUAAAUCAGAGUUGCUCUUUUGGGGCGAUUCUUUUGCCACAUUCAAUUCUCAUUCAACAAUGACAAAUGAAUCCCAACAAAGAUCAACCAAAAAUUGGAAUGAUUAUGCAGCUAAACAAAAUCAACUUCUCUCGUCUAUUUCAUCUUUAUCAAUUGUCGGUGAAAAAGGAGGAUGACUGAUGAUCCAUUUAAAUUGUAUUUUGCUUUUUCGUUAGUCGCUUUAUUUAGUGUUAUCAAAUCACAAUUCAACGCUCAAUUCAAGUUUGAAUGUAAAUUUAUUUACCUUGUUAAAUUUUUAUUUCUAACUCAUUCAUCUGUAAUUCAUACAAAGUAUAAAUGGAUGUUAUUAUUU